GCUCUUAAGUGCGGCGGUUGGCCGGGGCGUCCCCACGAGCGUUCAACAUGCGGAUUGAGAAGUGUUACUUCUGUUCGGGGCCUAUUUACCCAGGCCACGGCAUGAUGUUCGUUCGCAACGAUUGCAAGGUGUUCAGAUUCUGUAAAUCCAAGUGUCAUAAAAACUUCAAAAAGAAGCGCAAUCCUCGCAAGGUCAGGUGGACUAAAGCAUUCCGGAAAGCAGCUGGUAAAGAGCUCACAGUGGAUAAUUCAUUUGAAUUUGAAAAACGUAGAAAUGAACCUGUCAGAUACCAGCGAGAGCUAUGGAAUAAAACCAUUGAUGCAAUGAAGAGAGUUGAAGAGAUCAAACAGAAACGCCAGGCUAAAUUUAUAAUGAACAGGUUGAAGAAAAAUAAAGAACUACAGAAAGUUCAGGACAUUAAAGAAGUGAAGCGAAACAUCCAUCUUAUCCGGGCCCCUCUUGCAGGAAAGCAGCUGGAAGACAGAAUGGUACAGAAAUUACAACAGGAUGUGGACAUGGAAGAUGUUUCUUAGAACUCUUACUGUCUGUAACCAUUUCUAUAAGUGCAUCUGGAAAUCUCCUUUGGAGACAUAGAACUUGUAAAUUAUUGAUUUUUUUUUUCAUAU